CAACAAAAAUGUAGGAAACAAGAAAAACAAAAACUAAUUAUAAACCUCCGUGAUAAACCCUAAUUCUCUUUUUUCCCUUCUUCUUCCUGAACAACUUAUUGGACUGUCUAGGGUUUUGUGCAGCAGAGAUAGGUAGCUUAUAUCUCACUAACUGAAAAUCAUUUUCCGAAUGGAAACUGAAACCCCGCAGCAGGAGCAACAGCAACCGCAAUACGACGUCGAUCUCGGACAUCUCUUGGCUUUUGACCCUCAUCACAAUUUUCCCUCUGCCCCUUCUUCCAGGGAGGAAUUGGUGAAGGAAUGUAUAAGAAAGGGAACUGAGCUAGUUCAAGCUAUUGCAGCUGGUCUCUUUAGUUUGCCUUCUACUGAAAAUAUAGAUGGUCCACUUGUUAAGUUGCCUCCACCGAAGUUUAAAUUGCCUAGAGAAAAGCAUUUGCCAAGGCCCCAACCUCCUACAAAAUGGGAAACGUUUGCCAAAGCAAGAGGUAUACAGAACCGCCACAAAGACAAGAGGGUGUAUGAUCAACAAACUCACUCUUGGAAACGUCGCUUUGGAUAUGAUCGUGUUAAUGAUGAUAAAGACAUCCCCAUCCUCGAUGCCAAAAUGACUGAUGAAGUAGGGGAGGAUCCAUUUGCAAAGAGAAGAACAGAGAAGAAGAAAAGAGUCGAAAAACAGGAGAAGAAUAGAAUACAGAACUUGAGACAAGCUUCAAAAGCGGGUGCUUUGCCAAGCCACAUUCAGCUGGCUGCCACGGCUUUGCCCAUAACAGGAACUAAGGCUGCAUUGAAAAAGGUUACGAAAGAUGAUUUAGGAAAUGUAGCGGGACUAGCUUCAACUGCCACAGCCAGUGGUGGGAAGUUUGACAAGAAGUUACAGGGAGAAAAGCCAAUUAAAAAGCAAGGGAAGCAUCGCAAGUUUUUACCAGUUGCAGAAGGUUCAGGGAUGGGAAGACAAGAGAGAGAGCAAACGGACAAAGUUCUAAGCAAAAUUAUGUCGCAGAAUUCACAUGAAAUACUGAACAUUGAUAAGGCUGUUUCAAAGUACAAUGUGAAGAAAGAGAGGAGUCAAAGGGACGAACAGGGGAAGACUUUUACGAAUUCAAGCAAGUUAAAACCAAAGGGCAAAUCGAUGAAAGAAAAGGGCAGAGCUGGCGGCAAGAAGUCUUUUUCAAAAGGAGGAUCUGGGAAGAAGGAUAGUAAUGGAAAGGGAAAGGGAAAGGGAAGGGGAAAGGCUAAAUGAAAUUUAUAAUUAGCAAUCACCAUUCUGGAGGUUACUACUUAAUUUUGGAUUUGAUACAAUGUGCUUUGUUCAGGAUAUAAAGCAAAUGGGAACUCUUAUUGUAUAAGAUUGUUAUUUUUUUGCUGGCAGAGUGUAUUUAUUCAAUUGAAUAACUCUCUUCAUCCCUAUCAGAACAAAAAAAAAAGGCAUGAAUAUCAAUUUUAUCUGAAUAUUGUGGCAA